AUGCUUUCAAGAGGCAAAAGAAUUGUUAAAAUGGUAAAAGAAGCUGAAUAUGAGGCUAAGAAAAAGAAACUUGUAAAAAAAAUAGGAAUAAGCAAAGAGACCGAAGAAAUUCAGGAAUUCAGACAGGAAACGAGUGAGUUAAUAGAAACCAAUAAACACUGUAGAUUUGAGAGAGUUGAGAAAGACACGGAAAGUGAACCAAUUAAGUUCAGCAGAGAUCAGCCUGCACAAGGGUCUUCAGAGAUAGUAGAAAUGGCAAAUUAUCAGGAAGGCUCACUAGUAGAUUCUACGGCGUAUUAUGAGGACUUUACAGACAGCAUUGGUCCAAUCGAUCAAGGCACAUCUUCGUUGUCUGAAAGACUAGUGAAACAUGAGAAGAUUACUAUAGAAAAUGAGAAUAAUUCGGAACCAGUUCAAAAUCUCGCGUUUACUGAAAUAGUCACAAACGAAGUUGUUCAACAAUCUCCAACCUCCUCAACUCCGUUAGCAGAUCCACUAAAUUUAAGUGACGAUUCAGUUGAAGAUCCAACGUACACUCGAAGUUCUUCCUCUUCCGCGUCAGAUGCAGAGUCACUUAAUGAGCCAGGCACUGAGGUUGAAGACAGCAAAACAAUUGAAAAAAAACUAACCCGCUGGAAAAAAGCCAAUCCCGAUACUUGGAAACAUAAUGUGGCCAAAAGGAGAAGAAGCCAAGGCUUAGAUUAUGAAAUCAAAAAAAAGAAACGACCUGCGAAGGUACCCAAGACUGUUAACUGCCAAAAAUGUCGUUUCAAGUGCCAAGAAUCAUUUUCAGAAGAAGACAGAAAAACAUUUUGCUCGGAAUACUGGAAGCUUGAUUAUAUCCGACAAAAAGAUUUUAUUUUAAGUAAUUGCACCCUAAAGAGUCCUGAGAGGAGAAGGGCUAAAAGUAAUGAAUCAAUACCUCGUAGCAAUUCUAAGCAAUAUCAUUUUCAAAAAAACAAGACUAAAAUUCGUAUCUGCCAGUCUUUCUUUUUAAAGACACUCCACAUAAGUAAUUAUGUUGUUUUAAAUGCAUUUAAAAGUAGAGGCCCUUCGGGAAACUUUGUUGGCGAAGACAAAAGGGGGAAAUCAUCACCUCCCAAUAAAACUAAGCCCGAGGUCAUUGAUGAUGUGAAGCGCCAUAUUGAAUGCUUUCCCACUAUGGAGUCUCAUUACUCCCGACGUGAUACUAAAAGGCUGUAUUUAGACCGCAAACUGUCUAUUUCAAAAAUGCACGAAUUAUACUUGCAGGAAUGUGAACGUGAACGGAAACCAAAAGUGUCACUCAUAACAUACAAAAGAAUAUUUGGAGUGAAUUAUAACUUAUCGUUUUUCAAACCGAGAAAAGAUCAGUGCCAAAUUUGUGAAGCUAAUAAACCCUGCACUGCCGAAACUUCAAAAAAUAAAGAAGCCUACGUUAAGCAUUUAAAAAGAAGAGACGACUGCUACGAAGCAAAGCGGCUGGAUAAAGAAAGAGCUUCUAGAGAAAAUAAUUUUGUGUUUUCCACAUUUGAUUUACAGUCUGUUUUACAAAUUCCCAGCUCUGAUGUCAGCCCUAUGUAUUACUCUAGAAAAUUAUGUGUGUACAAUCUGACGAUUUACGAAUCAGUCGAAGAUGCAUAUUGCUUUUGCUGGACGGAACUUAAUGGAAAACGAGGAAGUUCAAAGAUAGGCACAUGUCUUUUUGAGUAUCUAAACCAGUUGGCUCCACAUGUUGAUGAAGUAGUAUUUUGGUCUGAUACAUGUGGAGGACAAAACCGAAAUCAACAUGUAGCAGCACUUUUAUUGUACGCUGUACAAGAAACGCACAUUGAGGUUAUCGAACAUAAGUUUCUGGAAAGUGGGCAUAGUUAUAUGGAAGCUGACUCAAUGCAUAGCUCCAUCGAAAAAGCCAAAAAGUAUGUGUCUGUGUUUGCAAUGAAUGACUGGUUAAAUAUUUUUCGCGCAGCAAGGUCAAAGCGAAAAUCGAUUAAAGCUAAGCCUUAUGAAGUGGAAGAACUUAAAUAUAACGACUUCUUGGAUCUAAAAGAACUAUCAAAAUCUCUUAUCAAAAAUAGAUCUAAAGAUACAAAUGGGGAAGUUGUUAACUGGCUAUUAAUUAAAAGCUUGAAAUACUCGAAAAAAGAACCAGGAAUCAUUCAGUACAAAUACGAACACAGUGCCUCUUACUGCUCAAUAAACGUCUUUGGUAAAGGACGGCCAAUCUCAAAUCAGCAACCAUUUUUACCAAAGCUUUACAAAAAAAUGCUACCAAUAGGCAUUCAGAAAAAAAAUGACUUGCUUAAAUUAUGUCGCAACAGAGUUAUACCUGAUGAGUUUCAUGGGUGGUACAAAUCUCUUCCCGUAUCAAAAACUGCGAAAGAUGUGGUUCCUGAGCCAGCUGCUGAAGACAGCGAUGAAGAAGAAGACUUUUCCACCUAA